CUGCUGAGCCGUUUUCCCUCCUCGAUGACGGAGUUAACAGCUAUCUGGUUCUGUUGACGUUCAGAGACCCAAAGUUGUGACGGUGAGCUCUGCAGACGGCACAUCUUCAUCUCUGAGGGACGAGGUUCGGCUGACAGAACCGAACUGGGGCAGCAGGUUCGGUAAAGAUCAUCUAUGAGGUCCUGCUGACAGACAACAUGUUCAACAAUUCGUUCGGCACUCCCUUCGGUGGGGGGACGGGGGGCUUCGGCUCCUCCUCCACCUUCGGUCAGCAAAACACCGGCUUUGGGACAACCGGAGGCUUUGGGACGUCUGCGUUCGGAGCGACCACCAACACCGGAGGAUUGUUUGGCUCCACACAGAACAAACCCGGCGGUCUGUUUGGGUCCAGUACCUUCAGCCAGCCGGCCACGUCCUCCACCAGCACCGGCUUUGGGUUCGGCGCCGCCAGCGGCACGUCCACCGGCCUGUUUGGAAACACCGGUACCGGCACCAGCACCGGGCUUUUCUCCCAGCAGAACAAUGCGUUCGGCGCCAACAAACCCACUUCUUUUGGAAGCUUUGGUACCAGUACCAGCAGCGGCGGCCUGUUUGGGUCCACCAGCACCACCACCAACCCCUUCGGUGGCUCCACCUCGCUGUUCGGAGCCGCCGGGUUCUCGGCCAAUCAGCAGCCAGGAACCACCGUGAAAUUCAACCCUCCAACAGGAAGUGACACGAUGGUGAAGGCAGGCGUGACCACAAGCAUCAACACCAAGCAUCAGUGCAUCACCGCCAUGAAGGAGUACGAGAACAAGUCCCUGGAGGAGCUCAGGCUGGAGGACUACCAGGCGGGCAGGAAGGGCCCCACCAACCCGAUGGCGCCGGGUACCGGCGGCCUGUUCGGCGCCGCCACGCCCACCUCCAGCGCGUCCACCGGACUCUUCGGCGCCGCCGCCUCCAACACCAACUUCAACUUCGGGGCCAACAAGUCCACGUUCGGCGCCACCACCGGAUCCUUCGGAACCGCCGGCGCCGGCGGCAUGUUUGCCCAGCAGAACCAGCCGCAGGCCAACAGCCUCUUCAAGCCCUUCGGCGCCGCCACCACCACCCAGAGCGCGGGCUUCACCUUCGGCAACACCAACACCAUGGGUCAGCCCAACACCAGCACCAUCGGUUUGUUCGGGAGCACGGCGGCGCCUCAGGCCGGCGGUCUGUUCGGAACCACCCAGACCAGCACCGCCCCCGGGUUUGGGUCGGGCUCCGGACUCUUUGGCCAGCCCAACGCCGGCUUUGGAAACGUCGGCACUCAGCCCAGUUUAUUCGCCAAUAAAGCCACCGGCUUCGGAACCACCACCACCAGCGCUCCGUCUUUCGGUACCGGUACCGGGCUCUUUGGCAACAAGCCCACUCUGACUCUGGGAACCGGAACCAACACGUCCUCCUUCGGUUUUGGUGCCAACCCGGCUGGAGGCGGACUCUUUGGGAACAAGACGGCCACCGGUGGACUGGGCUCUGGACUCGGAACCAGCUUUGGAACAGUCGGUACCGGGACGUCUCUGUUUGGAAACAACCAGAACAAACUGGGUACCACGCUGGGAACCAUGGGAACCUUCGGAACCGCCGGCUUCAGCGGCGGAGCCAGCGGUUUGGGCUUCGGCGCCGCGCAGCAGCCCGUCGCGCUGACGGACCCGAACGCCAACGCGGCGCAGCAGGCGCUGCUGCAGCAGCAGCUCAACGUUCUCGCCUACUCGCCCUACGGAGACUCGCCGCUCUUCAGGAACCCGCUGUCCGACCCGAAGAAGAAGGAGGAGCGUCUGAAACCGACCAAUCCGACGGCCCAGAAGGCUCUGACCACGCCCACCCACUACAAGCUGACGCCCCGACCCGCCACCAAGGUCCGACCCAAAGCGCUCGCCUCCUCCGGCGCCGCCAAGUCGCAGCUGUUCGACGGUCUGGACGACGACGAGCCGUCGCUCACCAACGGCGCCUUCGUGCCCAGGAAGAGCAUCAAGAAGCUGGUUCUGAAGAACCUGAACAGCAGCCAGUACAGCAGCAGCAGCAAAGAGGACCUGGCCUCGCCCUCAGACUACCCGCACAACGGACUCAGGCAGGUGGAGGAGGAGGAGAACCGGGAGGUUCUGGGCCUGAGCGGCCGGGCCGACGACGACCCAGAAGUGACCCAGUUCUACGUGAACCCGAUCGCUAAGCCCGUCCCGCAGAACCGGGUCCAGACCAGCCUGCAGGACACCAUCACCGAGCUGAACAUGCACAAGCAGCCCAGGAACGGCCUGGAGCUGAGCAGCGACGACGUGUCGGCGUCCUUCGGCGAGGAUUCUCUGCAGGGGGACAGGGAGGAGGAGGAGGAGGAGGAGGAAGAGCAGGAGUCCAAACGGUCUCCUCACCCCGCAGGCAUCGUUCUGAACCGCGUGGGCUACUACACCAUCCCCUCCCUGGAUGACCUGGCCAACAUGGUGGACGAACACGGCGACUGCUUCGUGGAGAACUUCACCGUCGGCAGGAAGGGUUACGGCUCCGUCUUCUUCCCUGGGGAGGUGAACCUGACGGGACUGAACCUGGACGAGAUCGUCCACUUCAGACGCAAGGAGGUCAUCGUUUACCCGGACGACAAGAACAAGCCGCCGGAGGGGGAGGGGCUUAACAGGCGGGCCGAGGUGACUCUGGACGGCGUCUGGCCCAACGACAAGACGACCUGCGCUCAGAUCCGGAGCCCCGAGCGUCUGGCGGACAUGAACUACGAGGGCCGGCUGGAGAAGGCUUCCAGGAAGCAGGGCGCUCGCUUCCUGGAGUACCGACCCGAGACCGGGUCCUGGGUCUUUGAGGUGACCCACUUCUCCAAAUACGGCCUCCAGGACUCGGACGAAGACGACGAGGUCCCGCCUAAGACCGACCCCAAGAAGCUGAAGACGAUGAUGUCACUUCCUGCUUCCAGGCUGCAGCAGCUGCUGCCUCCCUCCCAGCAGCAGGUGGCGCCACAGGCUCAGUCCACCGCCGUGGAUCUGGCGGGCGGCGUGGCGGAGCUGGACAGCGACAUGGCCGACGUCACCCAGAGCGCCCUGACAGAGAGCAUGCUGGGAGGAGAGGACGACGGCGAGCUGUCGCCCGUUCACAUGGACGCCGUGAAGCUCGGCGGCGUGGCGCUGACGGACCACGAGCUCAGCGGGUCGGGCCACAUCCCGUCCUCGCUGGGGAUUAACCCGCACACCCUCCAGAUCAUGAAGGCGUCGCUCUUUGCUGAGGAUGAGGAUGACAGCGACAUGUUCCAGCAUCACAGAGGGAUGAAGAUGGCCGCUGACGUCUCGUCUCCUCGGCUGGUUCUGCCGGGUCAACCGGGUCGACCUUCUGUUGGAGGUCUUCUUCAGGCGCGUUUCUCCUCCGGCCUCUUCCCCCAGCGCUCCGACUCGCCUCGUCUUCUGACCCAGAGUUCUCCGGCGCCGGCCGACCCGCCUCGCGCCCUCCAGUGGAAGAGUCCGGGCCCGGCCUCCAUCCUGCUGCCUGCCCGGGUUUCAGAGCCUGCCAUCCGGACGGUGGGGGUCCGGCGGCUGGGCGGGCCCGUCCCGCUUCAGGAGUCCGUCAUUCAGGGGAAGGGGGCGCUGCUGAUGGACACGGGCCUCUUCGCCACGCGCUCCUUCAGGGUGGGUUGGGGUCCCGGCUGGACCCUGGUCCACUGCGGCAGCCCGCUCAGCGCGCCCGCCGCCCCGCAGCUCGGCGCCAAGACGGACUUCAGCUUCCUGCCCAAACCGCCCCGCAGCAAACCACUCACAGAGAGUCCCUACAAGGUGGUUCUGGAGCGCCUGGUGGGCCUGGACCCUCCGCUGGGGAGGCUCGGUGAGGAAGAGGAGGAGGAGGAGGACAGCCACGGCGUGCUGCAGCGCCCCCUGGAGAUCUGCCUGAAGCACAGCACCGUCAGCAUCCCAGAGGGCGUGUCCUGUCCUGUGGUGGCGCCGCGGCCCGGCGUGGCGGCGCUGCACGAAUACGCCGAGUGGAUCAGCGAGCUGAACGAGCAGCAGGGCCACACGGACCCCGUCCUGGGUCACUGGGCCGAGGUCUGGACUCUCUGCCAGGCCCUGUGGGGCCGGCUGGGGCCCCCGGACCAGGACCAGGACCCGCCCGGCGAGUACGAGCAGCAGCUGCAGCGGCGGCGCGCCUUCUCGGCCUGGCUGUCCCACAGCGCCUCCUGCAGGGUGGAGAGGGAGGUGGCGCUGGCGGGGAAGGGCCGCCACACGGAGGCCGUCUUCAGCUACCUGACAGGAAGCCGCAUCAGCGAGGCGUGCCGGCUGGCCCAGCAGGAAGGAGACCACCGUCUGUCCCUGCUGCUGUCUCAGGCCGUGGGCUCCCGGUCCUGCCGCCAGCUGCUGGCCCUGCAGCUGGCCGACUGGAACCAGAUGCACAUGGACCGCCACCUGAGCCAGGAGAGGCUGCGGAUCUUCGCGCUGCUCGCUGGCAAAGCCGUGUGGCAGUCGUCGGACUCGGCGGUGAACGUGUGCUCGGACCUGGACUGGAAGCGCUGCCUGGCGGUCCACCUGUGGUUCAUGCUGCCGCCCACCGCCUCCGUGGCCGACGCCCUCGCCAAGUACCAGGCCGCCUUCCAGGGCUCCACAGAGGCCGGGAGGUACGCCUGCGCCCCCCUGCCGCCCUACCAGGAGGGGGCGCCGCCUGAGGAAGAGGAGGAGGAGGAAGAGGAGUGUGAGCGGCCGCUGUACGACCUUUGCUUCCACCUGCUGAAGCUCUACAGCGACAGACACUACAGCCUGCAGCCGCUGCUGGACCCGCUGACGGUCACCUGGCGGCGCCUGGACUUCCGGCUCAGCUGGCACCUGUGGGGCGUGCUGCAGGCGCUGCAUUACAGCCACCUGAGCGCCGCGCGGCAGGGACUCGUCCACGCCAGCUACGCCGCCCAGCUGGAGAGCGCCGGCCUCUGGCACAUGGCCGUCUUCAUCCUGCUGCACAUCCCCGACCACAGGCAGCGGGAGCGAGCCGUCCGGGAGAUGCUGAUGCUGCACUGCCCCCUGCUGGAGACGGCAGAGUCUGCGCAGCGGGAGCGCUUCCUGACGGAGCAGCUGCUGAUUCCUCAGAGCUGGAUCCACCAAGCCAAGGCCACCCGGGCCCACCGGGACGGGGACCGGCACCAGCAGGCCCUGCACCUGUACCGGGCCGGGUUCUGGAACCAGUGCCACCGGCUGCUGAUCCAGCACCUGGCCUCAGAUUGCAUCAUCAACGACAACCACGACUACCUGCUGGAGUUCCUGGAGGGCCUGGCGGUACCAGAGCACAGCGCCAGCAUCCAGGACUGGGACACGGCCGGCAGAGUCUACCUGGACUACAUCCGGGUCAUCAAGUCCCUGCAGGACAUCCAGCAGACGGAGAACGCCGGCUACCAGCUGGAGCGCCUCUACACGGACGUGACGUCUCUCUGCAGCCGCAUCGAGCUGCUGCCCUGCAGGACGGCCAGGGACCGCCUCGCCCAAUCAGAGAUGGCGAAGCGUGUGGCCAACAUCCUGCGGGUGGUGCUGAGCCUGCAGCAGGGCGACGGCGGCGCCGACCCGCUCAGCAUCCCGCUGGCCCAGUUGGCGCCGCACAUCAGCCGCCUGCCGAUGCCGGAGGAUUACACGCUGGAGGAGCUGCGGGGCCUGACCCAGUCCUACCUGCAGCAGCUCGUCAUUGGCCAGUGACGGCGCCGCCCGUGUCCCACAACCGGACUCUGACGGAGACACAGGCUCUGAACCACAAACUGGCCCGGUUCUGGUUCCCCAGACCCGGACCUUCAACCAGUGACUUCCUCCGCUUCAGAGAAGCCCAG